AACCCAUGAGUUCUACUUUGUUCUUUUGAUUCUCUGCCCCAUCCCACUGGGAAGGGGAGGAGUGAGCAAAUGACUAUGUGGUGCUGAGCCUCUAGGCAACUGUUCCUUGCCAUCCUUGGAGAGAUGUGGAGCUUUAACUAAAUUUGUUUCUACUGAGCUGCCUUUAGAGAGACACAUUUGUCAACAGACCACAAGACUAGAAGGAGCCAGAGGUAACUAUAGACACAAAAAAUAACUUUCUUUUCUUGGACUGGUGGUUGGCUCUCCAGGCGAGGUGAAAUUCACAAUUACUGCUGAAGCCAAACUGAAUACUAAAGCUAGCCAAAAAUAGCACACCAGCAGAAGAGGAGACAAUUCGCACAGACACCCUGACUCAAAUGCUACUAGUUGAGCCUGAAGGUGUUAAAAAAGAAUUGACUCAGAGCUCCCUCAUCUGUACAAAAGGUACAACAGUUUCUGAACCAGUGCUUCUCAACCUGCCAAGAAAUGUAGUGCAGGGAUCAGCCAGAGUUUAUUUCUCUGUCAUUGGAGACAUUUUGGGUACAGCCUUAAGGAAUAUGGAAAACCUCCUCCAUAUGCCUUACGGCUGUGGAGAACAGAACAUGGCCUUGUUCACACCCAACAUCUAUGCCCUGGAUUAUCUGAAUAAGACUGGACAGCUGACUGAAGAGAUUAGAGUCAAGAGUACUGGAUAUUUAACCACAGGGUACCAGAAACAGCUGUCAUACAAACACCAGGAUGGGUCCUACAGCUCUUUUGGGACACGAGACAAGGAAGGAAAUGUAUGGCUCACUGCCUUUGUCUACAAGUCAUUUGCACAAGCAAGACGGUACAUCUAUAUUGAUGAAAACGUCCAGUCUCAAACUCUGAUCUGGCUGGCAAGAAAGCAGAAGUCAGAUGGCUGCUUUGAAAAUGCUGAGUCACACUUCAACAAUGCUUUGAAGGCUGGUGAAGAAGGUGAAUACUCACUUACAGCCUACAUUGUGGCAGCGUUGCUGGAGGCUGGACACUCUGUUCGGGUAGGUAGUUGCUGCAUUCUCUGA